UCAAUGAAGGAUCCCGUAUUCUAUAAACAUGACUGUGUUGAUGCUUGCCACACGUGAUGAGUUAUUAACCUAGUCGGAACAUUCAACAUUGUUCACAAUAGUGUCACAGAGUAGACUCAAGCUGUUUAGUCGGUACAUAAAUAGAAAGAGACAUUUGUCUUUCAUGUUAGAUAUCAGUGUUACAUUCAGAUUGUAUUGUAUGUUUUAAGUAUCUAUUGACAGCCAGCCGCUUUAAUUACCACAUUUCCGCAUUGUAGAACUAUACGAGAGAGAUGUCAACCCUGUGUCCACUGUCACCGCUAUUAUCUUCAAGUGGUAUACGAACAGUGCUUCUCAUUCUCAACAGGCCAUUACAACCUGACAUAAAAGUUCUUAAACAGUUGUGGUCCAAAGCUGUUUACCGAGCCUGUGCAGAUGGGGGUUCCAACAGACUGUACAACACCAUGGGAGAUGACCGAGACAGCUACAUGCCCAACAUCAUCACCGGGGACUUCGACUCCGCUCAUAAAUCUGUGCUUGACUACUACAGGAACAAGGGAGCGGGUGUUAUCGUCACUGAGGACCAGGAUGAAACAGACUUCAGUAAAUGCCUUCGAGUCGUCGUAGAGAAAACAAAAGACUUGAAGUAUGACCUCAUAACAGUAAUCGGUGCAUUUGGAGGCAGGUUAGAUCACCUGUUUGCCAAUGUCAAUACACUGUACCUGGCUCACUCCCUCACUCAGAAGCCAGUUGUACUCAUCUCAGAAGGAUCCGACGCUUGCUUGCUCGGCCAGGGCAAGCACAUUCUGAAAGUUGAUACUGGGCUGGAAGAUGAUUGGUGUGGCUUGAUCCCUGUGGGUGCCACAUGUGAGCAUGUGACUACCACCGGACUGAAGUGGAACUUGAAUAAUCAAGCCCUAAAGUUUGGUGACCUUAUCAGUACUUCCAACACUUACGAUGGUUCUCAAGGUGUAACCAUAGAAACCGACAAGCCGUUGUUAUGGACAAUGGGGUACAAGAGUGUAUGAAAAAGGAAAAUUGUAUGGAAUGUUUCUUCCUGAUCCUAACAUCUUUUUUAGAGAUUUACAUGUUAAGAAAUAUUUUCAAUAUUUUAUUACCAGUAUUUAAGGUACAACUGACAUUAUUUUCUUGUUUCAUCAUGGUGAUUGGUAUAUAUGGUAAUAUAUACUACUCCACUGUUAAUUGGGAUAUGUAUUAUUAUAUACAUAAAUGUGAAAGACAGAGAUUUCUGAGUUUAAGAAAAGUGUUACUUUCACUUCAGUGAAAUCUUAUAUUCCUACAUAUCACUUUGCCGACAGUACUUCAUGGCUACACAGACUCUUCUGUUUAGUACCUCAUCACACAACACAAUUUCUGCCUCCUGUUUAAGUUUCAGUGGAAAUUGUUACAAAUGUUUCUAUAUUGGGAAGCAUCUGUACAUUCAUGAUAAAAACAAAUCAGGUGUACCUUAUGUAUUAUCCAACUGAGGUGUAAUAGGGGGAGAUAGUAAUCGGUAUGUCUAUCUGCCGUACCUGUUUGUCCACGAUCAUUGGAUCAUAUCUCUAAAACUAAUGUGAUUCUUUCAUGAAACACAACAGAUCAACUGGUGCCUUUUCCUAUUAAGGAUGUUAUAGAAGUUGACGUAUUUCCUUUUCCAUGGCAAUAAGUUUUACUUCGACUCAAGGAUGUGCUUUUCCAGAGCAAAUUUCUAAACUAUCAGCUUUCUUCCGUACACCCACACAAUGACCAAACUGUAAACUUUCAAUUAAAAGUUAUAGUGUUUUUUAUAUGUUUUAUAAAUUUGGUAUCUCAUUAUCAUGAUUUCUCAUGUUUAUGUUCAUAUCUCUGCGCAGAUUACGGCAUAUUUUACCAGCUGUAUGACGUCUACUAAGUCACAUUUUGUGUAAGGAUCUGAGAUACAAAUACAAAGCCCCAAGCCCAGUUCAAUGUAUUGUUUUUAUAACUCAGAAUUUGAUCAUGUGCAUGAACAGUCAGAUUAGAUAGAAAUACUCAAUCAAGUUGGACAGCUCACUCUUGUGGGACGUGCUUUAACAAUCAUUAUUUGUACUUUCCAAAUUGUUGGAGAAUGUGUUAUAUUCUGAUGACUUUUGUUGUGUUUUUAUAUUCGGUUAAAUGCUACUCAAGUUUUGUGCCAUCAUCCAAUGCAGAGUGAUUGUUAUAUGUCUAAUGGUGUUGUAUAUGUUAUGUCUUAUAAUCCUGAGAUACUUGCUAGAAGAAGUUUUGAUUACAAUCAAGGUCUGGAAAUAAUAUGUGGAAGAACAUAGCAUAAUAUUUUUUUGAAUGUUGAGGGAAUGGUGGUGAAAGGCUGCACCUGUUUUUUUGUAAGCACUUUGUAAACAACUGCAGGUCUUAAAUGUCCACACCUUAGACAGUAUCCAAAGAUGUAACACUCCGUAGGUUCCUCAUCCUAGAUAAUCUACAGGGUAUACGUUCCUAUAAAUCAGAACCCUGGAUGCAUCUCAACUUCCCAGCAUAGACGCCUGAUUGGAUAAAAAACCAGCAAAGGGAGGUAAUAAAAUUAUCAGCUGAGACGUAGAUGCAUCCAGGGUACUAGUGGAGAUUAUCGAGGAUGUACGUUCCAAUAUGACUGGAAUGUGCUGAGUGAUCAUCAGUUUCAUUACAGUACAUAAAGUAUCUUCAGCCACAGCAUGUCAGUUUCUAUUUGUGCAAUCAUACAGCUGUUUCAGGGUCUGUAUCAAAGCCUGUUUUGGGCGAUGAUUGAUAUCCUUGGUUUGGGAUUUUCUGGUGUAUGUUUUAUAUGUGUAUAAUUCCAAAAGUCAGAUUGAUUUUGCAUAUCAACUUGAAUCAAAUGUCUGUGAUUGAUAAAGGAUUAAAAUCAAGUUUAUCA